AUGUACUUCUCAGCUCACCAAAUCCUUUUGGUGACUAAGUCCCACCCUAUAAAGGCACUCCUACACCAGCCCCUUCUCACGGGAAGAAUAGCACAAUGGCUAGUCCUGCUCUUUCAAUAUGACAUAGGCAUCAGAACCCCCAAAGUUGUCAAAAGCCAAGCCAUAGCAGAUCUGCUGGCUCAGUUCCCAGGAAAGGAGGAAAGCCCACUGAGUGAAGAAAUCCCUAGUGAGGUGGUAGUAACAGAGAUCCUAGGAAAGAAAUGGACAAUGAGAUUCGACGGGUCAACUACAACAACUUUAAAUGGGGUAGGAAUCGUACUAAGCUAUGAGAAUGGGGACACCAUACCCUUGUCUUUCAAGCUUGGUUUUUCAUGCUCUAAUAACGCAAUUGAAUAUAAGGCGUACUUGACCGGGCUGACUAUAGCACUCAGCAUAGGAGUAAAGCAUAUGAGAGUGUUGGGGGACUCCAAUCUUGUAGUUUCCCAGGUGAAAGGUGACUUUGUGUUACGAGAACAAAAUUUAGCAGCCUACAGGACUUAG